AUGGCUAUGGAAAUCAUGGCUCUAGAGAAUGAUAAUGCAAAUGUAGCAGGUGUAACACAAAUUGUUGAUUUGGCUGGUAUAGAAAAUGCAUUCUUUCAUAGCUUUGAUCAUCAUACUAUGAAAAUGUGGUAUUUUUGGAUAAGAGAUUGUCUUCCUUUACGGAUAAAACAAGUUUAUUUUAUAAAUGCAAGUAAAGAUAUGCUUCGUAUGAUGCAGAUUCAAAAAUUCUUUCAAAAUGAAACUGAUUAUCCGAUGACUGUUUUAAAAACAACUGAAGAACUUUACAAUCAUGUUCCAAGGAAAUGCCUUCCAGAAGAAUAUGGUGGUUAUAAUGGUCAUAUGGCCGAAUGUAUUGGUUAUAUGGAAGACACUCUGAGAAGUUACAAAACCUAUUUCGAAGAAGACAUUCUAUACGGUAUGAAUGAAAACUUACGCAGCGGUGAUGUCAUACCUUAUGAAGCUGAAUUUGGUCUUGAGGGAUCUUUUCGCAAACUUGAAUUGGAGUAA